AACCACUGAAGGGCAUUCCCUCUAAUCCAGAUGGCACAGGAGACCACCAGGGAACAACUGAAGGCAAUGCUGACCAUCAGCUUCGUCAACUUGUCAACCUUGAGGUCCACAGGAUCUAAUGGGCUUGCUAAGAACACUGACUGCCAGGAGCCAACUCAUGGGGAUUCUCAGCAUCAACAGGUCUGUCCAAGGCAACUGGGUGCAGACGGGCAGGAGAGGAAGCCCCUGGAGAAAGCCUAUCUGGCCCUGUACCCUACUGGGAAGGGGAUUCCUGGCCCAGGAUUUCACCUAGCAUCGGGGAAGAGACUGGACUACAGGCUAGCUCCAUCUUCAACCUGCAUUAAGACUGGGACCUGUAAGAGAAGACAAGAAGCCCCAGCCCCUUUCCAAAAGGAAGAAAAGAAAGGAAAUAUAAGCCCUGAAGGAAACCAAAGAUGGCAGGGCAGCCUGGGACCUGCCCAGCACACGGGCCCCUGCUUCAUCGUAACUGCAACAGGCCUCCUGGAAACACAGGCCCAUAGCAGAGCCAGAGGCAGGCACCACCAACCCGUGUGGCCAGCUUCCGGGGCAACCACUCCAAAGGGGCUGCCUGAUCCUCCGUUUCAUCAGAAACAGGCUCCCUCCCUGGGGGCCUCCAUUCAGGCCGACCCCAGCACUAACUUGAGCUCAGCCCUCAGACAAAGCAAGCUCUGUUUCCUGCCUCCGGAGGAUGAUGGGGCAAAUGGGCCAGAGACCCUCUGCCUUUUCUUUCUGAGGCCGUAUGCAUGGAUGUGAAAACAAUCGUAUUCUAAAGCGUUUCCACAACCUCUUUCAGUCUAAAACAUUUAUUUUAAAACAAAUAAACCAAAUGCACAGAAAACCCAGUGGCCAUGCUAACUUAGGCUCUUUAACCACAAAUCUCGCCAGCAAAUAACAGCUCAUGAGGCACUGCAACCCUGAGCACUUCAGAGAGCACUGCCAACUUCUACACUUACUCAGCUCCCCCGGCCCAGGCACUGUGUGCCCCAGGUCCCAGUAAAAACGCAUUGAACUGUUUAGUGAAAUCUCCUAUAAACGAGAUCCAGGAAAAAGCUGUGCUUUAUUUCAUCCAUUAAGUAUUAGUCACAUUGACCUGUUUACAAUAAGGGCAGGCUGUUAUUUUUAAUGGUGACAA